AUGGCGGCGGGAGAGCUCCAGAACGCGGUUAACCUCAAAGACCUCGUCCCUAAUGAAACAAAAGAAGGAGCCGAGCCGAGCGGCGCGGCAGAACCCGCAAAUCCUCCCCGAAGGAGCGAUAACACCAAGCGCGACAGGAGAGGCGAACCCGAAGAGCGACCCGAGCCGAGGCAAAGGAUCAACAUGAUCAUGGGUGGAUCUCAAUAUUACCAAGAUACGAUGUCCUCCAUCAAAGCUUAUCAGCGCCGAGCCGAAGCGAAGGAAAAUUGGACAGAACCGACCGAUAUCCCGAAUACAGUGAUCUCCUUCGCCGAGGAGGAAACGGCAGGAAUCGAUAGGCCACACAACGAUCCACUGGUGAUCGAACUGACGAUCAGGGAUCAUGAUGUAGUGAGGGUGCUCAUCGAUACUGGGAGCUCGGUAGACGUCAUUUUCUGGGAGACACUCAGAAGGAUGGGAAUCGAUCUCUCCGAGGUGACGGCGAUCCCCAAACCUCUAACCGGAUUUUCAGGAGAAACAAUGAUGACUAUGGGAAUAAUUAGGCUCCCUGUGGUAGCUGGCGGAGUCACUAGGAUCAUCGAAUUCUGCGUCACCGAUCACCCAGCAAUCUACAAUGCGAUUAUGGGAACUCCAUGGAUCAACGCGAUGAGGGCGGUCCCUUCCACCUAUCACGUCUGCCUCAAAUUCCCGACUCCAGCAGGCAUCAAAACGAUCUGGGGAAAUCAGAAGGAGUCGUGA